CCUGUCUUUGUCUUCCUCCCUGUAUGACCGUAAGCGUCUGACGUCAUCGCCUUUCCCAGCAGCACACAGUGUGAAGGUUCCUCCUGAGGCUAACGGUCUGCUUUCGGUGGCAACCUCAUUAUUGUUUCUCCUUCCGCUUACAGAAGAACUUCAACAAUGUCUUUAUACCCAUCACUCGAAGACCUCAAGGUUGACAAAGUUAUUCAGGCACAGACGGCUUUUUCAACAAAUCCUGCCAACCCAGCAAUUUUGUCGGAAGCUUCAGCCUCAGCACCCCAACCCAUAGGGCUGUACCCUAAACUUUAUCCUGAACUUGCCCAGUAUAUGGGCUUAAGUUUGAGUGAAGAUGAAAUACACAAAAAUAUGUCACUGGUUCCAUCCGAUGGGCUCCAGGUUGCAAGACCAUCAGCCCUGAACAACAUGGUGGCCCCAGUGAGUGGAAGUGAUGUUGGAAUCAGAAGGGCAGAAAUAAAACAGGGGCUCCGUGAAAUAAUACUGUGCAAAGACCAGGAUGGAAAAAUUGGCCUCCGUCUGAAAUCUGUUGAUAAUGGUAUUUUUGUACAACUUGUUCAAGCCAACUCUCCAGCAUCCCUGGUCGGCCUGAAAUUUGGUGACCAGGUUUUGCAGAUAAAUGGUGAAAACUGUGCUGGCUGGAGUUCUGACAAAUCUCAUAAAUUUUUAAAGCAGGCUGGUGGAGACAGAAUUUCUAUGGUUGUUCGAGACAGACCAUUUGAACGCACAAUAACCAUGCACAAGGAUAGUACUGGACAUGUUGGCUUUAUUUUCAAAAAUGGUAAAAUCACCUCCAUUGUCAAGGAUGGCUCUGCAGCAAGAAAUGGUCUCCUUACUGAUCAUAACCUUUGUGAAAUUAAUGGCCAGAAUGUAAUUGGACUAAAGGAUUCCCAGGUUGCUGACUUACUUGCUGCAUCCCCAAAUGUGGUGACUCUUACAAUUAUGCCAUCCUACAUCUUUGAACACAUGAUAAAGAGAAUGGCUUCAAGUAUUAUGAAGAACUUAAUGGACCAUGGUGUUCCUGAGGUUUAAAAGUAAUAGUUGCUUUUUUGCCUGGAUGUAUAAUCUUGACUGAGCUUGGACUUGUUUUACAUGGCAGCCAUCAAGAUAUGAGACCAAGAUUUUUCCUAACACUGCAUGUUAACAUUUGCAUUCUGUAAUCCUGCAGGGCCUAUUUCAGUCAGAUCUAGAUCUGUUAUGUGCUACUCUACUAUUUAGGUAGGAAACUGCAAUUCUGUGAAAUCAAUGAUGGGUUUAAUAAAUACCGUUUCCUGUCAUGUAUGCUCUGAAUUAAGAUAUCAAUAAAAUGUAUUCGUUAAACAUCCUACUUUUACUCCUAAACGUACAGUAUCCUGAAAAUUCUGCUGUCCGCAUACAAUUAUCUGUUUUCUUAAAACAAACAAAUGCACUAUGCUUUGAUUGACAAAUCAUUUUAGAAAGGAAAGUGUGCCUGAAAAUGCUGUAAUUUUAUAUCACGUGUACAAGAUAGCUAUUUUCAUAUGUAUGGCUAAUGUAAAAAUCGCUUGCAAUAAAAUAAGACUUCAUUUCA